AUGAUGCCAAAUGGUGGGGCUAAUGGAGUGCCUGAGGCACAAGACGAUCGGGAUGAUAGGGUGGCGUUGGGAGCGCCGAAUAAUGAAGCGGCGAAUGAAGCAGGAGAUGAUGGAAAUGAAGAGCUCAGGAUGCCGAAUCUCGGAUUGCCGAAUGGUUGCCAUCAUGAGGGCGAUGAAGAUGAAGUGCCAGAGGAUCCGGAUAAUUGGCAGGAAGGUUCCUCAUCAGAGAGCGAAGUAUGGAGAGUAGAUGGUCGCGAUUCACCGGAGGGUCCGCAUCAUCCGGUCCUAGGGUUAGGCGCCCGUCCCCUAACCCGUAGGGAAGACAUGCUACUCUUCCUUCGCUUAAACGCACUCGAACGGGCGCUAGAGGCGGCGGAAGAUGAAGACUUCGAUGAAGAUGAAGAGGUGGCACCUCUACUGGGGCCGAACGCUGAAUUCCGCAGUGUCCGCCCUCGACUAGGGUGUGUGGUAUGUGGCGUGAACGGCCACAGAACCUGCGACUGUGAGGUGCACUUGGAGUUUCAAAAUCGAGUGCGGAUUGUCUUCGCAUAUCGCCUGUGUGGGCGAUGCGCCGAGUUCUUUGAUAGGGAUAUGUGCCUUACCCAUCUUCACUGUGCACGGUGUGGACGCGAGGACAGCCACCCAACGUUCCUAUGCUGGAGGCCAAUCCCGAACGAGCGAUCUCAUUUGAACGUUAUUUAUUAUUUUGUGUACACAGCAAAUUAA